AUUAGGGAGAGCCAGUCUGAGCUCCUUUCUCACAGUUUAUCUGUUUCCUGCUUUUUUUCUAUGACUGUUUUUUCAUAGCUUCUCCAAGGUUGUCUCUGUGUUUCUAUAGAUUUUUAGGCAAUGUCUUUGAAUACUAAUCCGCUAGGUGACCCCUGCAAAUGGUUCAGAUCCUGCUUUUGUUCUUGACUAUGAGCCCUUACGCUCUGUACAUUCCAACUUGGCAUUUCGAGGGCAAUUGCCUUCUCCUGGUGUCCAGUAGACUGAUCCACAGGGUUUUAUUCCUGCUUAUCCUGACUUGGAAGUAUUUGAAGGGCCCUGUCGGAUAAAAUGGCUUCCCCUUAGUCCACUUGCAGCCGAUAGGCUGUUUCCUGAUCUGGAGCUCGUUGCAGUCCGCCAACGCUUGCAGGGCCAGGCAGACCUCUGCUCUGCAUCUGAGCUGUAUCUGAGGGGCCUCCCUCGUGGUCUGGCUUCUGAUUAGGCCAUGGCUGCAGCAGAAGACUCUGCAGGAGAAUCAGGAAGCCAGCACUGAGCCCUUGUGCCAUUGCUGCGGAGGCUGCUUGCUCUCCUUUCGCCUGGGGGAGCAGCUGGCUGAACAGUGUCUUUUCGGUCCCCUGUCUUGCACCUGACCGACUUGAGUCUGUGCGGCUUAAGAGGCCGGGCAGCAGUGGGGAGAACCUGGGAGGCCCAGCAGCUGGCCAGAAGGGAGGAGGAGGGUGCUGAGCUGUUGGGGGGACCCGCUCCCUUGCCUUGUAUAACCCCUCAGAGAUUUUAGACCUCCUAAUGGGGCAGGCGCUGUGUGCAGCCGAGCAGGGGGCGGGAUCCCUGGGUGGUGAACUCUUGAGCUGGCCCCAGGCAGCUUCCGAUCCUGCUGGGACACUCCUUCAGUCCGGGUUCUGCCCGAGGACCUCUUCUGCCUCUGCUCAGCAGGAGCUCUUGGGUGCUGCGUCCGGGCCGCCCUGUUUUCUUGGGCAGCUGACCACGAGUUGGUGGGAGUUGGCCCAGCAGUAUGGGAUCCAUGUUGAGGUAGGCAUCCUCCAGGUAUUUGGGGUCACCCCUCUGCCACUGGCACAGGACUGUGACUGGUGGCAGUUGUAGUCCAAACAUUGGGAGGGUGGUUCUCUGUCAGAUGUGUGAAUUCUUGAAGCAGGAGACCCGCAAACUUGGUUAAUGUCUUUGUUUUACUCUGGUCAUUUUAGGAAGCCAGCCUCUGCUGUGCCCUUGGACUCAGAAGGAGGAUCUCCCUUGACAGGUGCUGGUGGAGCCAGACUCGAUGGCACACGAUGUCGGCCACUAACAACAUUGCGCAGGCCCGGAAGCUGGUGGAGCAGCUGCGGAUCGAGGCCGGGAUUGAGAGGAUAAAGGUCUCGAAAGCGUCCUCGGAGCUGAUGAAUUACUGUGAGCAGCAGGCCAGGAACGACCCUCUGCUGGUUGGCAUCCCAGCUUCGGAGAACCCCUUCAAGGACAAGAAGCCAUGCACCCUCCUAUAGCACCCCCUGGGCCGGGCCCUCAUGGCCUCCGGGCCGGGUACCAGCCUGCCUUGACCUCCAGCCAGGCCAGUUUUACAGCACGCAUGGGCCUUAGGGCGACGGGCAGAGUUCAGCUGGUGCCCACCAGCCCACCAGCCCAAGGCCCUUUUGGAACCAAGCUGGAGCGCUGGCCGGGGGGGAUGAGGAGCUGGUGGGGGGUAGCCCUUUCCAGAGCUGUGCCAGUGUCCAGGGAGGGGGGUUGGCAUUCUUCCCCAGGACCUUCUGCUUGAGCUGGCCUGCCACUCCAGGACAAGCCCCCAGGAGGGAGGAGCAGGGAUGUCUUGCCCGGUCUGCAGAUGACCAAAUUCUGGGCCAGGGGGUCAGUGGGAGGGACGGUGCCGGACCGUGCUUGAGGGGCCGUCUUGGGAGGGAACCCCGCAAGAAGCCAGUCUGUCUGGCACUAAGGACACCCCCUCGUUUGGAGACCCUGAGACCUCGGCAGGUUUGGGGUGGGCCAAGGCCCCCACUGGAGGCGAGGGGGGCCUUCCAGCAGCCCUCCCCGUCCCAGACUGCUGAGGAGAGGGGGGCACGCCAAGCAGCGUGAUGCCGUCUCUUCUCCCGAUGAUGCUUUUGAUCACCCCACACCCCAAUGGACUCUCACCUGGGGUCUCUUCCCACUCUCCCCUCUUGCAAAGAGCCCCCGGUGCCCCCUCCUUCCGUUCAGGCUUGCCAGGAAUAUCGCAGCCAAAGCUUCCUACAGAGCAGGGUGUGUGUGUGCACACGUGUGUGCGUGAUUCAUUCAUCCAUCACUCCCCCUCCCACCAGGGAGAGAGAGAGGAGCACCCGCUUGAACCCCCAGGAUGGGGCCGGUCACAGAGGGUUACAUCCCUUUGCCCCAAGCAAGCACCAGACCCACUUUGCCCAAGAAGCAGAUAAGAAAGGAGAUGGCCCCCUGAGGGGCCGGGACACCUUCCUGUGCCCCCAGCGGUGCCUGCCCGGCUGGUGCAAAGGAACCUUCUGGGCGAAGAUGAGGUGGUCCACCUGGCGGUUACAUCACUCCCAGGUCUCCCCAAGAGGGGAGCAUGACCCGGACCAGCGGGCAAAGAGCAGAAACAGGAUGAGGUUAGGGGGAGCCCCAGGGGUGCCAGCAGGCUGGAUGCAGGGACAGAUGUGGGGGGGGGGCGUGUCUGGGUCCCAACAAGCAGCAGAGAAUCUGCGGUGGUUCUUGGCAGCUGAACAGAAUGAGGCCUCACUUUUGAGGCUGGGGGGGGCGUGUGGAAUUGGCAAGUCCAGGCCCCCACCAGGGCAAAGCCAGAGAAGCUGCAGGACCAGGAUUUGCACUCCUUUCCCCCUGCUGGAAGUGGUCCGUGAGGAAGCCCCUCUUGUUGGGUGCAGCUCUCGGGACCCCCCAGCCUGGCAGGGGCUCCCUCGGCUUCCAGAAGGCAAGGCAUUGAGACCGGCCAGGCCCUUUUGGGCCCUCUGCUGCGGCCCCCUUUCCACCCCGCCUUUCCAAGCACCUGGUCUGGGCCGAGGUGAAGGGCACCCCCCAGCCUGCAUGGGGAGGGUCCUUGGCCAUUCAUGGGUGCUCCCAGAGCAAGCUCUUCCCAUCAAUGCAAGGACCCUGUUUCCUGGGUGGGGAGGAUCUGGGGCGGAAGGACUCCAAGGAGGUGAAUGGUGGGCGGAGUUCCCCUUGCAGCCCCCUCCUUCAGUCCAAGGGAGCACAUGAUGUUGGCAUGGGGAUGGGCACCAGUUCUGGGCCACCCCCCCACCCGACUGCUUCACCCCGUGAUGGAACAGCAGAGCGAUGGCCGCUGUUCUGUGCCAAGACUUGGGGGAGGCUGCUUCCCCCCAAGGGGGGGCACUCCUUAACCCUCGGCUGGGGGGGGACGCCCAUGCUUGGGAAGCAAUUCAAAGUCCUUGACUCCCUCUCCCCAUUCCAUUUUCGCUCCUUAUCUAGCAUAGUGGGUGAUGGUCCCUCGCCCGUGGCUCUCUGGGGCAGCCUGAGCCCUGGCACCGAGCUCGGAGCAGCCGCGGGUGCCGGAAGGCAGGCAGGCUGGCUGGCCUGUCCCCCAAAGGCAGCCCCCUUCCCCUCCGCCUGCGCUGCUUCUGCCUGCUGGCCCAGGCGGGGUUCACGCCCCCCGCCCUAAAGAGAGGCUGUAGGAGGGGCUGUGCUCCAGGGGGCCAAAGGCAAGUUCUCAGGGCUGGAGCAGGGCAUCUUCCAUGGGGCAGGAGCUCUGUGCCCGCGGUCAGACUGCACAGGGAGGCAGGCUGGCCCGGUGCCGGGUUUAGACUCGGCGAACCCCUAAGCUAUGCAAAGCCUGCGGGGCCUCGCUAGACCUUGGGCCGCCCCCCAAAAAUGGAGAGUACCUGCUCUCAAAUGUUCCCUUCGCUGUAAACCUGAAAACAUAGAAAAUUUGGGCUUAAAGUAUUACUUAAAUUAAUUACAUAUAAAGUCAUUUUAAAACUACACCUAACAAUUUGCUACGCAAGAUUUUAAAAUCUACAGUACACUUAAAAAGCCACAUAAAAUUCCAGAAGCCAAAAAAAAAAAAA